AUGUGCUCAGGUCGCAUGUGCAAUAAUUUCCGGAUAUGGACACGUGAUCCACCGUUCCAAGUAGACCAAUUGAUUGAUCAGACGCGUCACGUUUCCAGGGCAACCAUGGGCGCUAUACCUCAUUGGUUAGUCCUGCGUGUACUGGCGCUGAUGAGGGUUAACCUUCCUCAUAAUCAGCGGUCUCCUUGUUGUUAUAGCAACCAGAACGCAGCCAGGCAGGUUCCUACGGGAAAGAGUAAGGGAGGAUAGAUACACAGAGGGAAGGAUAAGAGAGAAGUAUGUGUCAUUAUAAAAGGUAUAAACAAAAAAAUAUAGACCAGAUAUAUAGCAUAAAUACCUCUGUAAGUGCAAAAAUAUAUGAGACGUAUGCUGGAAAUGGAAAUUGGCACAUAUUAAAGAGCCAAUAAGUGAAUGUGUUGAAAUGUACUAUCACAUGGAAAGGGAAAUUCAAUGAACCAAUAAGGCUAAUCUUAAAAAUUAGUACUGAAUUUAAAAAAAAAACCAUGCAAAUAAGAUUGAGUGAGCUAUGUCGACUAUUAACAUAUGUCAUGCUAAUAUAAAUCACAUGUUAAAGUGCAAAAAAAGAUAUAAAGUGCAGUGAUCAUUAUUUACAUACCUAUCAAAAGAACAAUGAGCUCUCUAUUUCCUCAGGAUUUAUAUCGAGAACAUAAAUCUCCUUAUUGUUACAAUCCAAUCUUAAAUCCCUAAACUUUCCUUAGGUCUUAUCGAUCCGUAUUUAUAGCUAGACAAUCUUAGUGGAACUACCUAUCUCUAAAAAGGGAUUAUUAAAAAACAGUACUGAUAGUUUGAUUAAACAAAGUAAUAGGGAAUCCAUGAGAUAUUUACAAGCUACAAUUGCAUACUUUACUGCUGCAAUAGGUAUAUGAAAGCGUUCUACAUGAUGGUCAUAUUUUUGAUGUUAAGGAGAGACUCUUCAUUGUGCUUCAUUACUGUACACCCAGAUUAUAACACCACAUUUUAUUAUAUGAGUGACUCUUUGUGCUUCAUUGAGUCUAUGUUAAUAACCUCUCAUAGAUAUAGAGAAGACAAUGGGCAUGUUAAUGAGUUCUUAUGGAAAUCCCCAGAUAGAACACCACAUCUAAUAUUUUAUAAUAUGGAUGACUCCUCAUUAUGCUUCAUUAAGUCUAUGUUAACAGACUAUUGUGAGAGUCCCCCAGAUAUGAUCUCACAUCUUAUAGAUACGAAGGUGACAGUGGGCAUGUUUUCUAGUAGGAAUGAUCCUUCAUUGUGCUGCAUUAGGUCUAUGUGAAUAAUCUCUUAUGUGAGUCCCUAUAUAUAACAGUUGUUCCACUUGGGUAUCUCUAAGUCUAAAGUAGGCGUACGAGAUAAGGAAUUUUCCUAAGGCAAGUUAUCCUUUAGAAGAUAAACCAAUGAAAGUAAACCUAUCAAUAUAUACAACUAUUUACAUAUACCAUAAUGAUUCAUAAUGUCCUAUAAGACUAUUACUUAGACAUAGUGUAGCGGAGAGGCAGUAUAAUCCACAAUAUCUCCGCUGGGUAACAGGAACAGCAUAAAAUAAUCCAGGAGAAUAAGCACAGCAUACAAUAAUCCUGGUAGCGUUGUAGUAAUCCUUCCUUCCCAAGAACUAGACGACACAUAGGCUGGGAGUCAACUGAGGUUUUAUUCACAGGGCACUGUAUUUAUGGGAUUCCCCAUGCAAGGGGUUUCCCUACUGACAUUCCAGGGGUGGUACAGUAGGGGACUACAUGGGGAACUGACCAACACAUACAUUUCUCCCAUCAUGCACUGCUGUACGAGAGGGAUACUCCCACUGGAAUAUACAGUUAAUGGGAUUAUCCCUCCAUGCAGCAGAACUUACAUUCUACAUUAAAAUACAUAACUUUAAUAAUAUUCACUUGUUUUACACGAAUGGACGUUCGGUAGAUAGCUGGAGGCUGAGCGCAUAGUUCGUGGGAAUACCGCUCAGCUCCCAGUCUAACUAACCGAACGCCGCACGAAAUACACAUUAUUUCCAACAUACUGUAAAAAUAGCGAUUGAUAUUAGGGGAACAAACUACCGAACGGCCGGGGCUCCCGAAAAUCCUGGAAGUCCAGCGGUGUUCGCCCCGUCGAGUAGCCGUUUUUGGUUCCAGGCGCUCAACGGCAAAACCCCGCUGGGCUAACAAAGGAAUCAAGAUGGCCGACCGCCGCGUGGUCGAUAGCCGAACGACGGCCACCUAGGGAAGUCUUUAACUACCAAUUGCAACAAUGUUGCAAUCGGUUAAUGGGCGCCACACGACCUCCUGUGUGUGGUUGACCAUUCGGUAGUUCAUUCGUUUCACCAACAGUGUUUAAACUCACUGUUCGUGAAACUGCAUAGGCAAUGCUGGGUUUUACGCAUUACAAGCAUACAAACGCUCUCAUUCGCAUGAACGCCCCAUACCACAUUACACUUGGUUCUUACAGCCAGCAAACCUUAUGAUAUUGACACAUGCAAUAGUCUUAAGUGGCUAGGUUUGCCACACAUAGAUUAUAAUCUCUCCAAAAUCUGUACAUAGAAGCUAUAGAAAAACUGAGAAGGAGAAUCCGCUAUUUAAAAUUUGUGGAGAAAGGCUUUUUAAUUUAUAAAUAUGAUUCUCUCUGUCUCAGCCUACAAUCCCAGUCACCCCUUUGUUGAGUUUGUGGAAUUAAUUUGAUACCUAUGAAUCUAAUUCUACUCGAGGAGACAGAGAGAAUCCUACUAUAAUACUAUAAUUAAGAUACAGUAUAACCAUGAGACUGGCGGGAACGUCCCCACCACCAUAUUCACUUACCCGAUCCUUUACCAUUCCCCCGCCGGCGAUCGGUAUUCCUCUCGGUCUGGGUGGACUGUCUGACAGCCCAGACAGUGCCCCCUCGGCAAAUUAGGCCCCCAAGAGGCCAUGUGAGCACUCUGAAAUAGCAAUAAGCAUCCACAGUGCUGACUGCAGGGGGACUGCCUAAACUGACAUAAAAAUAAAUAUGUUAAUAAAUAAAAAAUAUAUCUAUUUUAUAUAUAUAUAUAUAUAUAUAUAUAUAUAUAUAUAUAUAUAUAUAUAUAUAUAUAUAUAUAUAUAUAUAUAUAUAUAUAUAUAUAUAUAUAUAUAUACAUAUAUAUAUAUAUUAUAAAAUAUAAAUAAUAAGUAAAUUAAAAUAAUUUUUUAAAAAUUAAAAAAUAAUAAAUAUAUAUAUAUGUAAUGUUAUUCUAACUGUAUUUUGAUAUUAAAAUAUUUAUGCAUAUAUCAAAAUGCAUUUAGAAUCUAAUUAAAUAUAUGCAUAUAUAAAUUUAAAAAAAUAUGAAAUAUAUAUAUCCAUAUACAUAAUUUUCACAUUAGAUUUAAGAACUAACUGUUCACUUGCUACCUAGGAUAUCCCACCUCUUGACAGGUGCCAUUGUUAUGAUAUAAUCAAUGUUAUUGACUUCACAUGUGGGUAGUUUUAAUGUUGUGGCUGAUCAGUGUAUGACUGUUGCUUUUGUCAUUAUUCUCCAUAUUGUUAUAUAUGAAACACAACUGUCAAGCUGAUGUAUGGGUAUUUGAUUUUUUUUUUUUUAAUUGUAGUUAAACACAAAUGAGAGAAGACACAUAGAAACACAUGAAUCUCUUAUGGCAGUACAUCAAGCCAAUAUUACCUAAUAUUGUUUGCCUGUAUACUGAAAAAGUGCCUGUUUGAAUAUAGUGCUUUUAUACCAGCUUUAUGGAAUACUUGGAACAUUUAUGCAAAGAUACACAUCAUAUAAAACUGCAUCACAAAUGUGUGAAUUUAAAGACAAUGGUGUAUAUUACAUGUUUUCACCGUCUUCUUUUUUGCCUUACAGUAAGGUUUUCUUUAUUCCAUGAUAUAUAGAUUUUACUGAAACAAAUACAAAGCAUUUAUGUUUCAUCUGCCUUAGUAAAGACAAUGCAAAAUUAAUAAAUAAAUAAUAUACUACACUGCACUGCCCACUAGAGAUGGAUAGGUGCAGGAUUCAGUUAAGUAUGUCUCCACAUAGUAACGACUACCAAAAAAAAAUGUUUGCUUAGAGGGAUAGUAUUCCUUUUUUGACCAACACUUUGCCUGACCCAUAAGGAAUAUUUUGAGUUUUGACUGCUCCUUGAUAACAAUGAUGUUUAUGCUCAUAAGGAAGCAAAUUGUCUGUUAUUCUGAGUAGAAUGAAAGCGGAACUGUUACCAUAUAUGGAGUGUGCUGAAUUUGAAAGUCCCCCUACGGUGACAUUGCCGCCAGUGUUCCGGUGGCUGGGGGGGCCAGAUAAAGGUGAGAUAACUUACCUAACCUGUCACUCAUGGAAGCUGCCAUAUUUCUCAUACUGCUCCUCUUCAACUCCUGAAGCUUCAGCAGGAGCCAAUGUCACUGUUGAAUUCUCGAAAAUUAUUGAUCACAAACUUGAACUGGAAAAACUGGAAAAAGGCUGUGAGAGACUGGAAAAGGAUCAAUGUAUCAGCAAUGUACACCCAUUGAUACACAGGUGUAUAAAAUCAAGCACCAAAAAAAUGGAUCAUUCUGAAAAGCUCAGUGAAUUCAAGCAUGACACUAUGAUAGGAUGUGAUUUUUGCAAUAAGUCAGUUAGUGAAAUUUCAUCCCCGCUAAAUAUAUUCGACAGUCAUCUGUAAGUGGUAUUAUUAAAAAGUGGAAGCAUUUAGGAACCUUAACCUCACAUCACUAAGUACAAUGCCAUGGAUCAAAUCGAGUUCUGUAAUGCAUGCCGCCCCUGGACCCUGGAGCAGUGGAAACAUGUUUUGUGGCGUGAUGAAUCAUGCUUCUCUGUUUGGCAGUCUGAUGGAUGAGUCUGGAUUUGGUGGAUGACAGGAAAAUGUUACCUGCCUGACUGCAAUGUGCCAAUUGUAAAGUUUGGUGCAGAAGGUUCGGCUAGGCCACUUACUUACAGUGAUGGAAAUCUUAAUGCUUUAGCAUACCAAGACAUUUUGGACAAAGCUAUGUUUCUAACUUAGUGGGAACAGUCUGGGGAUGGCUCUUUUCUAUUCAAACAUAACUGCGCCCUGGUGCACAAAACAAGGUCCAUAAAGACAUGGUUGGAUGAGUUUGGUGUGGGAAAAUUUGACUGGCCCACACCUGAACCUCAUCAAACACCUUUGGGAUGAAAUAGAAUGAGGUUACAAGCCAGGCCAUCCAACAUUGGUGUCUGACCUCACAAAUGCUUUACUGAAUAAAUGGGCACAAGAGAGUGAGUGAGUUAGUGUGAGAGAGAGAGAGAGAUACAUCUAUAAAUUAGACAUUCCAACAUACCCUGCUACAUCAUUUUAAAGAGUGAGGAAUUUAAAAGAAUAAUUGACACACAAUAUAUUUAAGAAGCACUCAAAUGAAAACAAAACAUUUUGCAAACGUACAUGAUGAUUGAUUGAAAAAUAACCUUGCACGAAUAUAUCAAUAAAAUAGACCAAAUUAAUUGAAAGCUCCAGUAUAUGAACUACAGAGGAAGACUAGUAAAAUAUGGUUUCUAGAACAUUUGCAUAAUACAAAUACAAAGUUUAAAACUACAUUCUUGUAAAUGCGGUCUGGUUUAUCAUUUAAAAAAAUAUAUAUUUUCUUAUAGCUAUUGAACAUGUGUCACUGGACAGGAAGAGGCCUGGUUAACACAGAGAUAGAGAGGAUUGGAUAUUUAAAUGUGAUAUAUUGAGGACAUUAUUUACUUGAUUAAACAAUCUCAAAUUGUUUUUGAAUAAUUUGUAUUUUUGUAUUAUUUGAUUGAAGAUCCAUUUUGAAAAUACAUUUUACUUCAAUGUUGUAUAACUCAAAGCAUUAUAUUAUCCAAGGGAAAUAAAACACACAAAACACAAUUCAAGCAAAAAUGUGGCACAUUCUCCUUUGUGAUAGUGAACACAUUGUUAUAGGGAGUUGCAAAAUAAAUGAAAGAAAAAAAGUAUAAUGCUCUGGAGGUUGUUCCCAGUAAGCAUACAUUGACAAUGACAGAACACAAAGGAAAGUCAUUGAAUACAAUUAUACUGUACAUUCAACUUAGUAGACAGAACAUGUGACUUCUUUCAACAACAGCUGAAAUCAGCAAUGAGCUAUGUAUAUAAAAACCCAGAAUUCUUUCACUUAGCAGCAAUAGCUCUAUCAACUCCUCUCCAUCCAAUAUGGGAAAGGUAAGUACUGGGCAGCUAUUUUAACCCGGGUUUGAAAGGAAUUGUAAAAUAUGACCAUUUGCACCAAUGUUGAUCUACAAACCAUAUUUGUUCAGUAAUUUGUAGUAUAUUUUGCCAUUAACACUAAAUGACAAUUGUGUUAGCAUUUACAGAAAGGAUGCAACGAUAACUAGUAAGUCAUGUCUAAACUCCUUGCCAACAAAUACAUGUUAUUCAGUUGAAUCCAUAAAAUCUAUUUGUGGAUUGUACUACAAUCACACAAAAUUAAGCUUAACUUUUUUUAAAAUCUGAUAACACAUCACGAUUGUCACAAUAUGAAAGCAUAAUCCUAAGAGGUCAGUUGUGUCUUCUUCAAUUUUUCUCUAAAGUGAUGUUUUACCGUUAUAAAUAAUGUGCAUUUAUAUACAUGACUUUUUUAUGUCCUACAGAUCAUCUUCUAUGAGGACAAGAACUUUCAGGGUCGCUCUUAUGAGUGCAGCUCUGAUUGUUCUGACCUGUCCUCCUAUUUUAACCGCUGCAAUUCCAUCCGAGUAGAGAGUGGAAACUGGAUACUGUAUGAACAGCCCAAUUUCAAAGGAUACCAGUACUAUCUUAGGAGAGGAGAAUACCCUGAUUUUCAACAAUGGCUGGGUUUUAAUGACUCUGUCAGGUCUUGUCAUUUGACAACACAAGUAAGUUUAGUCUAAUUGUCAUCUUUCAUUCCAGAUAGGUAUUUAUUAAAACUGACUUAUUUAUACAUCAUUGUAAAACAUAUAUGUCAACCAACUGACACAACCCAAGUAACACUUUACAUAUUUAAACAUUUUAAUGAUAGCUGAGCAGUCAACCAUGGGUGAUACGUCAUAUACAGAACUCAUCAUAGAUUUCCCAACUUCAUAUCGAGUGAUCAUUUUACGUUAAAAUAGUUUAAUGUUUAAAUAUUUUAUGCAUAUAAUAGCUUGGUAGAAGUUUGCACUUUCAAUACACAUUGGCUUUUUAUUAACUUAUUUUAUUUCUUCUAGCAUCGUGGUCCUUUUAUAAUCAAGGUUUAUGAGAAAGAAGACUUCAAAGGUCAGAUGAUGGAAUUCACCGAAGAUUGUCAAAAUGUACACGAGAGGUUCCGUUACAAUGACAUCCACUCCUGUCAUGUCCUUGAUGGUCACUGGAUGUUCUAUGAAGAGCAGAAUUACAGAGGGCGCCAGUAUUACCUGAAACCUGGAGAGUACAGAAGAUACACCAAUUGGGGAGCCAUGAACCCAAGAGUUGGAUCCUUCAGGCGUGUCCAGCACCUUUAUUAAAUCAAUCUGAUGCAAUGUAUAGAAUGUUAUCAAUAAAAUCUCUAGAACAGCACAAACA